CUCCAAACAGGGUCGUGCGCCCCCCCCCCAGAUAUUUUUAGAGGGUCUGUGCUGCUUAUCUGCAUGAGGGUCUAUUUCUGCCUGCAGGCCCAUGAGAGUCGACCGUCGUCCUGCCGGACUCUGUCGGGAUCCCAUUUGGAACUGAAAGAGCCGAGCCGAAGCUCCAGUGUGUGGCUUCGGUCCUGAAGUGGGCCCUGAGAGUCCAGGAGAUCCAGAGGAACCAGAACCCCGCGGAUCCAGAACCGACCUGGAAGCGCCUGAAGGUUUCCUCCCUGCAACCCCCGCCCCCACCAGCUGACAGACCCCCCCUCCCCUCACGACCACCACAACCUCAACCCCCACCUUGACUGCAACCAUGGCGCUGUCUUCACGCUUGAAGCUGUGGGAGCAGAAGAUUCAGCAGGAGAAGAAGCCGGUGACCACGUCCGUCCCGCCCCCGCCCCUGUCGGUCCUGCCGGGCGGCCUCCUCAAACAGCUCGUCCGGGAUUCAGAGAAGGAGACCAAACACAAAGAGCCCGAGGUCAAAGAGGAGAAACCUCCGCAGAAACUGAGCGACAACCUGGUGCAACAGUUCCUCGCCCCAGAUCAGACCCCCCCCAUCCUGGAGGCAGAGAUGGCCCUGCGCGCCGAGAAACUCGUCAACGACGGCAAGCAGAGGAGGUGCGGCUCGGCCCAGCCGGAUGGCCGGUCGUCCUCCGAGCGCCGCAUCCUGACCCCCGACUCCGACUGGAAACCGGGAAGCAGGCAGGCGGGAACCCCAGAGCAGGAGGUGAAGAAAGACAGGAAGACGCCGCAGGCGGAGCAGAAGAAAGAGAGGAUGGAGGAGGUGAAGAAGAAGAAGGAGGUGGUGGAGCAGAGGCAGGAGCCAGAGGGAAGGCAGGCAGAUGAGACCGUCACAGAAACCAGCAGGAAGGAGGUGAAGGACGUUUGGUACGAAGCUGGAACCGUUUGGUUCGUCCACAAGGACGGUUUCACCCGAGCCACUCAGCUGAAGCCGGAUGAAGGCACCCCCGACCUGCCGGAGGGCCGGGUGAGGGUCCGCCUGGAGACGGACGGCUCGCUGCACGACGUGGCCGAGCUGGAGGUGGAGAAGUGUAACCCCGCGGAGCUCGACCUGUGCGAGGAUCUGAGUGACCUCCAGUGCGUGAACGAGAGCGGCGUCCUGCACACCCUGACCAGCCGGGCCAAGGCCAACAUGCCGCUCACGCGCGCCGGACCCAACCUGGUCAACCUCUGGCCCCCGAUCCAGAGCCACAGCAAGACUCCAAAGCUACGGCGCGGGGAGUCGGCGUGGGACGCGCCCCCCGCCCUGGCGGCUUUGGUCCGGCGGCUGUACAUCUCCAUGGUUGGCACCAGGAGGGAUCACUGCGUGUGCGCGCUGGGACGCAGCGGGACAGGAAAGACCGCGGCGUGCCAAGCCUUCACGCUCGCGCUCCUCAAACAGGCCGGGACGGCGGCCGGGAGCUUCAGCGCCGAGCGCGUCCAGGCCAUGUUCACCGUCCUGCGCUCCUUCGGCUGCGUCAGCUCGCAGCAGAGCGACGCCUCCUCCCGCUUCGCCACGGUCUUCUCUCUGGACUUCAACCACGCGGGACAGGCCGCGGCGGGACACCUGCAGACCAUGAUGUUGGACAAAUGGAAGGUGUGUCGGAAAACUCCAGGCGAGAGCAACUUCCUGGUUUUCAGCCAGAUGCUGGCGGGUCUGAGCACAGAGAUGAGGACAGAGCUGCAGCUGCACCAACUGCCCGGAUCCAACUCCUUUGGGAUUGUUCAUCCCACCAAGGUUGAGGAGAAACAACGAGCGUCCGUCGGUUUCACAAAGCUGCUGGUUGCCAUGGAAACGCUGGGCUUCUCCCCCAGUGAACAGAAAGCCAUCUGGCAUGUUCUGGCUGGGAUCUACCAUCUGGGAGCUGCCGGGGCUUGUAAAGUGGGCAGAAGGCAGUUUUUAGACUUCGACAGCGCCCACACGGCCGGCAGCGUGCUCGGCUGCGGGGGGGAGGAGCUUCACACCGCCGUCUUCAAACAUCACCUGCGGCAGCUGCUGCAGAGGGCCACCGGGGGCAGCAGAGAGAGGCCGGAGUCAGAGGAGGGUCCCCGUCUGACUGCCGCUCAGUGUGUGGAGGGAAUGGCUGCAGGACUCUAUGAGGAGCUGUUCACCGCCGUGGUGUCGCUCAUCAACAGAGCUCUGAGCAGCGAGCAGCUGCCAUUGGCCUCCGUCAUGGUGGUGGAUCCGCCGGGUUUCAGGAACCCUCGGCACUCGGGGGACGAGCGUGCGGCCGGCUGGUCUGAACUCUGCCACAACUACCUGCAGGAGCGGCUGCUGGAGCGAUACCACCGACACACCUUCACCCAGACGCUGGACAGAUACGCCCAGGAGAAGGUUCUGGUAGAUUUUGAGUCUCCAGAAAGCAGUCCGGCUGAGGUGGUUUCUGCCAUCGACCAGCCGCCUCCACAGGUCCGGACGGCCGACGGGGACUUCAGGGGUCUGCUGUGGGCUCUGGAUGUGGAGAUGGUAACGCCUGCAUCCAGUGAGAGCGCCGCUCUGGAGAGAGUCUGCCAGCAUUACGGCAACACUGUGCGUCAGUGCGAGCAGCCGCUGCAGUGCGAGGUGCGCCACCUGAUGGGCUGCGACCCUGUCCGCUACGACCUGACGGGGUGGUUCGGUCUGAUCCAGAACAACCCGUCCGCGCUGAACGCCGUCAGUCUGCUGCAGAACUCCACCGUAGGAGAGGUGAAGGCCAUGUUCACCCCCAGAAUCUCCCUGCCGCCUCUCUGUCGAGGUCUGGGCGGGCUGGAGGGGGGGAACCAGCGCGCCCUGCAGAGGAACGGAACCAUCAGGAAAACGUUCAGCGGCGGGAUGGCGGCCGUCCGCCGACACUCCCACUGCAUCGCCGUAAAGCUGCAGGCCGACGCCCUGGAGAACGUCAUCCGCAGGGCCGCCCCCGUCUUCCUGCAGGGGGUCAGCGCCAAGAUGGACGGGGGGGGGUUCGACGUCCCGGCCCUCAGAGUGCAGCUGAACUCCACCCAGAUCCUGUCGGCGCUGCAGCUCUACCGCACAGGUUUUCCUGACCACAUGAGUCUGAGCGACUUCAGGUGUCACUUCCAGGCUCUCUCCCCGCCGAUCAUGAAGCGCUACGCCUCCAUGUUUGUCAGCCACGACGAGAGGAAGGCGGUGGAGGAGCUGCUGGUGGAGCUGGACGUGGAUAAGAAGAGGAUCGUGGUGGGCUCCAGCAGGGUCUUCAUGAGGCGUGGCGUGCUGCGGGACCUGGAGCAGCAGAGGGACCAGCAGGUCACCGGCUGGCUGGUCCACCUGCAGGCCGCCGGCCUGGGACACCUGGCCCGUCAGAAAUACCGCAGACUGAAGGUGCAGCAGAUGGCGGUCCGCUGUCUGCAGAGGAACCUGCGGGUCCUGAGGUCGGUGUCGGACUGGAGCUGGUGGAGACUGUUCUGCAGAGUGCGCCCUCUGCUGGACGUCAACAUGGACAACGAGAGGCUGCGGGCCAAAGAGGAUGAAAUUUCCGCUUUGAGACGCCGUCUGGAAAAAUCCGAAAAGGAGAGGAACGAACUGAGGCAGACUGCUGACAGCCUGGAGAGCAGGGUCACUGCUGUGACCUCUGAGCUGAGUGAUGAGCGUUUCCGCGGCGACGCGGUGGGCCAGGCUCUGGAUGUGGAGAGGGCCGAGAGGCUCCGACUCAGCCGGGAAAACAGAGACCUGCAGACGCGGCUGGAUCAGUGCAGAGUUACCAUGGAAACGCUGGAGAGGACGCUGGAGGAGGAGAGGCAGAAAGCGCGGGGGGCUGCGGGUCAGAGAGAGGCCGCCUCAGGAAGCGAGCUGUCCGUGCAGCUGGACUGCUGCCAGACGGAGGUGGAGUUCGUCCGCCGGCGGCUGAAGCAGACGGAGGAGAAACUGGAGGCGGAGCGACGGAGCCGGCAGGAGCUGGACGCCAAGGUGGCGGCGCUGCAGGCGCAGCUGGAGCAGUCCAGGCGGGGGGCGGUGGAGCUGAAGCGCCACUGUCGGCGCGUGACCUCUGACCUGCAGGACGCCCGGGUCCAGAUGGACAGUCUGCAGGGCCGCUCGCACGAUCUGGAGCGCAAGCAGAGGAGGUUCGACAGCGAGCUGGCUCAGGCGCUGGAGGAGGCGGAGAACCAGAGGGAGCAGAAGGAGAAAGCCUCUCAGGAGAACGCCGCCCUGGGAACGGAGAUCUUCAACCUCCGCCGCAGUCUGCAGGAGAGCCAAGCCGAGGCGACCCGUCUGCAGAAGCAGAAGGAGGAGUUGUGCGCUCAGAUCCGGGACCUCAGCCUGCCGCUCCACCUCGCCACGGAUUCGCUGCCGGACCUGAAGAGGCAGCUCCGCCUCCUGGAGAGCCAGGCCGGCGAGCAGACGGAGGAAAUGGCCAAACUGGCCGCUCAGAUCCAGCAGCAGCAGCAGGUCCACAUGCGCUUUGAGAUGGAGAUGGAGAGGAUGAAGCAGAUGCAUCAGAAGGAGCUGGAGGACAAAGAGGAGGAGCUGGAGGACGUCCACAAGUCCUCUCAGAGACGGCUCCGGCAGCUGGAGAUGCAGCUGGAGCAGGAGUACGAGGAGAAGCAGAUGGUGGUCCACGAGAAACACGACCUGGAGGGCCUCAUAGCCACUCUGUGUGAGCAGGUGGGACACCGAGACUUUGAUGUGGAGAAGAAGCUGAGGACAGACCUGAGGAGAACUCGGGCUCUGCUGGCCGACUCCCAGCUGCUGCUCGCCGCCAUCGACGCCUCGGGUUCCAACCAGCCCAACGGGAGCAAAGAGCAGAUCGAGCGGCUGCACUGCCAGCUGGAGGAGGGCGAGGCCAGGCGGCUGGAGGCCGAGAAAGUCCAGAAGAUGCUGUCGCAGGAGCUGGAGAACGCCCAGCUGGAGCUGGAGAACCUCUGCAAGCAGAAGAGCCUGGUGGAUGAACAGGUGACGCUGCUGCAGCACGAGAAGGCGGACCUGCUGAAGCGGGUGGAGGAGGACCAGGAGGACCUGAACGAGCUCAUGAAGAAACACAAAGCUCUCAUCGCUCAGUCCUCCAGUGACAUCAGUCAGAUCAGGGAGCUGCAGGCGGAGCUGGAGGAGGUGAAGAGGCACAGACACGCCCUGCAGGAGCAGCUGCAGCAGCGAGCGUCCAGGCUGCAGUUCCUGGAGGCGUCCACCGUGGGGCGCAGCAUCGUCAGCAAACAGGAGGCUCGCAUCUGUGACCUGGAGAACAAGCUGGAGUUCCAAAGAGGACAAGUCAAGAGGUUUGAGGUGCUGGUGCUGCGUUUGAGGGACAGCGUGGUCCGUUUGGGGGAGGAGCUGGAGCGGAGCGCCCAGGCCGAAGCCCGCGAGAAGGAGAACGCCCGGUACUGCCAGCAGAGGCUGCAGGAGAUGAGGGUGGAGAUGGAGGAGCUGAGCCAGAGGGAGCAGGAGAGCAGCCGCAGGAGGAUGGAGCUGGAGAUGCAGGUGGAGGAGCUCACCGCCGUCAGGCAGACGCUGCAGGCCGACCUGGAGACGUCCAUCCGCCGCAUCGUAGACCUGCAGGCCGCUCUGGAGGAGGUGGAGUCCAGCGACGACAGCGACUCUGAAAGCGCUCAAACCGCCGUGGAGUCCUUCACCCGGCGGAAAGACCUCGACUCCGUGUCCAGCGCCGGCUCCGUGGGGACCGAGGACGUGGGGGAGGGGGUCCGGAAGUGGAGAGGAGGAUCCCGCGGCGGGGGGUCUCCGUACAGCAGUCAAGAUGGCCGUCAGUCCGUCACCGACACCAUGAGCACCUACAGCUUCAGAUCUUGUGUGGAACCUGACGAUGAGGGUUCUGAGCCUGGGGGGGUCGGUACCAAACACCUGAGCCGGGCCCCGUCCUCCUCAGCCCUGUCCGAGCUGCUGGAUGGACUUCGUAGACGGCGAGCGGCGGACGCCUCAGACGGCGGUGGGAGCACCGUGUCUCUGCCCAUUUACCAGACCACCGGGGCCUCCACCCUCAGGCGGAGGUCCUCGGCGCUGUCCCUGGGGGGCGAGGACGUCCAGGAGCCGUGUCCCAGACCCAGCAUCCUCAAACCACCCUCGCCACUCCUGCCUCGCGCCGCCACCUCACGCUCCAAUGGCGAGGCUGAAGGCCCUGCAGCGGGGGCCAAACCCCCCCUCUUUAGCUCCGGCGAGUCCCCGUCCUCGCUCCCGGCGCUGCCCCGCCUCUCCUCGCUGUCUUCCUCUCUUGUGUCCCGGCGUCCUCCCUCGCUAUCUAUCCCAGAGGAGGACUCGGAGGACUCCACCCGCUCCACGCUCACGCCCCCCCAGCGCUCCCCCCAGGCCCUCCGUUACAGGAAGCCGCUUCCCGCAGAUGAGGGGGAGGGCCCUCUGGGCUCCGAACCGCUGGUCUUCCGAAACCGCCGCCUGACCGGAGAUCGUGACGACGCGGCGUCAGACAUCCUGCCCGCCAUCCGCAGGUCUCAGUCCACCAGCAGCCUGGCCAGCUCAGUCAGGGGGGGCCGGAGGGCGCUGAGCGUCCACUUUGGGGAGCUGCCCCCCUCCACACGCAGCAGGAGGAGCUCCGACACGGAGUCGUCCAGCUCGGGAAGCUCGCAUGGUGGCGGGCCCAGAGGCAGGGGGGAGACCCCCCAGGGAGAAAGGCUGGAGGCAGAGGGCAGUGAGGGGGGGGACGUGGCAUCAGUCAUGAGGAAGUACCUGAAGAAGGAGAGCGACUGAAGCCCCCCAGGCUCCUCGGUGUUUCCGCCUCCCGCUGCGAGUCCCGACGAGGCGAUCCUCCAACCGCCGGGAUGUUCAAGCCGCCGCCGCCCCCGCGGCGUUUUCUAAUGUUUGUAUAGGAACACAGUAAAGCAGUUCUCUGUACGUUCUCUGUUUGUCUGCAGAACUCCUCUGUGGUUUCACUUCCACUGUAACGUCAAAAAAACAACAAUAUUUUCACAAACGAGGUCAACGACAGAACGAAGCAGAAAUAAAUAAAGAAAUAUUUUCACACAAAAAAA